UCAAAACGAAUCGUUCAAGAAUCGGCCAUCACAAUCAGUGCCGUAUAACGGGAUCUGUGAUCUGACAGGGCGAUGGCUCGGACAGCAAACCGAAGAAGAAUGAAGCUGAACAUGGAAAACGACUGUACUGCAUCGUGUUGUGUUUAAAUGCCUGAAGGACAGAGACUGACGCCCCGGACAGCGGUAUAGUGACGUCAGAGGAGCGUCUGUAGCCUCAUUGUCUGUAAUGCUGCUCAAUGCCGAAGGUGAGGGUUACGACCGUGUGCCAUUGCCUGUCCAUGCCGGUGUCCUGCUGCGGGGCGCUCCAUCACGGCUCCUCUCCGAGGAGAAUCGUCCACAGCCAGGCAGGAAUCAGGACUUGUUUGAGCCAACCGCGUGCUUCUGUUGGGCUGAAGAUGCUGCGGACUGCUUUCAGUUUGGAGGGAGUCGAGGAGCGGGACGAGGAACAAGAGGAUGAUGGAGAAGAUCAGAGGGAUGGUGGGAUCCCGUUCAUCAUUAAUAGGGGUGGUCUGCCCGUAAAUGAGGAGACCUGGGAGAAGAUGUGGCAGCACGUGGCCCGCAUCCACCCGGAUGGAGAAGCGCUGGGCAGGAGGAUACGGGGAACCAGCGACCUGCCCAAGAUUCCAGUACCAAGUGUGCCUACAUUCCCGGCCAGCAGCAGCAUUCCUCAUCGCCUGGAAGCCAUUCAGAGAUACAUCAGGGACUUGCAAUACAAUCACACUGGAACACAGUUCUUUGAGAUCAAGAAGAGCAGGCCGCUCACAGCAUUAAUGGACAUUGCCAAGGAAAUGACAAGAGAAUCUCUACCAAUCAAAUGUUUGGAAGCCGUUAUCCUCGGAAUUUACCUCACCAACAGCAUGCCGAGCGUCGAGCGGUUUCCUCUCAGCUUUAAAACACAGUUCUCAGGGAGUCAUUUCCGUCACAUUGUGCUGGGCGUACACAGCGGGGGCCGCUUCGGUGCUCUGGGCAUCAGUCGCCGUGAGGACCUGAUGUACAAACCGCUGGAGUACAAAACCCUCAGCGACCUCCUGCAAGAGUUUCAGGCGGCCUAUCGGGGCUACUGGCACACGCUGUGCAAGGUCAAGAUCGGUCAUUAUGUGUCACAUGAUCCCCACAGUGUGGAGCAGAUAGAGUGGAAGCAUUCGGUACUGGAUGUGGACAAGCUGUCCAAAGAAGAGCUGAGGAAAGAGCUGGAGAGACACACCCGGGAUAUGAGGCUGAAGAUCGGUAAAGCUGCUCCUCCAUCACCCUCUAGAGACCGGAGGAAGGAUAUGGGAUCUCCUCUGAGGAACCCGGGCAGCCCGAUGCGCAAGAACAGCCACAGCGACAGACGGCUGUCAAUGGAGAAGAGAGCGGGGCCGGCAGCGGAUCUGAACGGAUACCAGAUCAGGGUGUGAGAGAUUCGACAUGAAGAGGAUCCUCUGCUCACUCACACCUCAAACCAUUAGAAACAUGCAUCAUAUUUAUAUUCAUUUCACAUUUAAUCUGUAAAUACAGUGCAGUUAGCCUUUAACUACUAGUAGACUAAUGUACAGGCUCGUCUGUAGUGCCUUUGAUCAGAAAAAUGAUUCUCCUCCUUGUUUUCCAGCACAAAUAUCUAAACAUUCUUAAAUUCAAGAUACAUUUACUGAAGUAAAAUGGCUUCAAAUAUUAAGUCUUGUUUGUAUCAAAAUGAAGUGAGUUUGCGUGUAAAA